GCCGGAAGUGAGCGAGUGGCGGCUGAGUCGUGCUGGCCCGGGAGCCGCGGCCGCCACUCUGCGCAGGAACCGCUGCGGGGUGGGCGCCGGGCGUGAUGGAGGGCCCGGGGCUGGGCUCGCAGUGCAGGAAUCACAGCCAUGGCUCCCACCUUCCAGGAUUUGGUCGACACGGCAUCUGUGCACACGAAAACAAAGAACUUGCGAAGGCAAAAGAAAUCCUUCCUCUUAUAGAGGAUUCCAGUAACUGUGAUAUUGUCAAAGCUACCCAAUAUGGAAUUUUUGAACGAUGUAAAGAGUUAGUAGAAGCAGGAUAUGAUGUCAGACAACCAGACAGAGAAAAUGUGUCUCUUCUUCACUGGGCUGCCAUUAACAACAGACUAGAGCUUGUAAAGUUUUAUAUUUCCAAAGGUGCUGUGAUAGAUCAGUUGGGUGGUGAUUUAAAUUCAACUCCUCUUCACUGGGCCAUCCGACAAGGGCAUUUGCCUAUGGUUAUAUUAUUACUCCAGCAUGGUGCAGACCCCACUCUGAUUGAUGGAGAAGGAUUCAGCAGCAUUCAUCUGGCGGUCCUGUUUCAGCACAUGCCUAUUAUAGCAUAUCUCAUCUCAAAGGGACAGAGUGUGAAUAUGACAGAUGUCAAUGGCCAGACGCCGCUCAUGCUAUCAGCUUACAAAGUAAUUGGGCCAGAACCAACUGGAUUUCUUUUAAAGUUUAAUCCCUCUCUCAGUGCUGUUGAUAAAACACAUCAGAACACUCCACUUCACUGGGCAGUUGCAGCAGGAAAUGUCAGUGCAGUUGAUAAGCUCUUGGAAGCUGGUUCUAGCCUGGACAUCCGAAAUGCUAAGGGAGAAACACCUCUUGAUAUGGCUGUACAAAAUAAAAACCAGCUCAUUGUUCACAUGCUAAAAACAGAAGCCAAGAUGAGAGCCAACAAAAAGUUUAGGCUUUGGAGAUGGCUACAGAAAUGCGAGCCCAAAGAAAGAAGUGUGGCGCUUCACUGGUUGUCUAACAGUAAUUCUCAGCUCUUCCUGAUGCUGAUACUCUCUGUGAUCACAGUGUGGGCUGUUGGAUACAUCCUGGACUUCAAUUCAGAUUCUUGGCUUUUAAAAGGAUGUCUUCUAGUAGCAUUGUUUUUUCUGACAUCUUUGUUUCCAAGGUUUUUGGUUGGCUAUAAGAACCUUGUGUACUUACCAACAGUCUUUCUGCUAAGUUCCGUUUUUUGGAUAUUUAUGACUUGGUUCAUUUUGUUCUUUCCUGAUGUAGCAGGCAGCCCUUUCUAUUUUGCUUUCAUUUUCAGCAUCAUAGCCUUUCUCUAUUUUUUCUACAAGACUUGGGCAACUGAUCCAGGCUUCACUAAGGCUUCUGAGGAAGAAAGGAAAGUGAAUAUUGUCACCCUUGCAGAGACUGGCUGUCUGGACUUCAGGACAUUUUGCACAUCGUGUCUUAUAAGGAAGCCUUUAAGGUCACUCCAUUGCCAUGUAUGCAACUGUUGUGUGGCUCGGUUUGAUCAGCACUGCUUCUGGACUGGACGCUGCGUAGGUUUUGGCAACCAUCAUCAUUACAUCUUCUUCUUGCUUUCCCUUUCCAUGGUCUGUGACUGGAUCAUUUAUGGAUCUUUUGUCUACUGGUCAAAUCAUUGUGCCACAACAUUCAAGGAAGAUGGACUAUGGACCUACCUCAGUCAGAUAGUGGCCUGUUCUCCCUGGGUUUUGUAUAUCUUCUUGCUAGCAGCUUUCCAUUUCUCAUGGUCAACAUUUUUAUUAAUAAAUCAACUCUUUCAGAUUGCAUUUCUGGGCCUAACCUCCCAUGAGAGAAUCAGCCUAUUAAAGCAGAGCAGGCACAUGAAACAGACAUUAUCUCUCAGGAAGACACCAUAUAACCUUGGAUUCACACAGAACCUGGCAGAUUUCUUUCAGUGUGGCUGCUUUGGCUUAGUGAAGCCCUGCAUAAUAGAUUGGACAUCCCAGUAUACCAUGGUUUUCCACCCAGCGAAAGAGAAAGUUCUUCGUUCCGUAUGAAGAAAAGGCACCUCAAAACACACUUUGACUUGUUUUUGUUUAUGUUGGUGCUGUGAGGUCUGAAAGUGAAGUGAGAUGUUGAGCUCACCACAGUUCAAAAUUUUUGAAACACAGUCCUCAGCAAGUGCAUACCCUCUGUCAGACCUAGAAUGAGGGCCUGUUACUGAGCAUUCUGGCAGACAUCCUUAGAAUCUUCCAUAUUUUCCCCAAGAAUAUGAGUUACUUUAAAAAAAAAAAAAAACAUAAAAGUCACUGAUUAUGGAUAAAAUAGAGUAUUUUCAGAUACUGUAUUGACUUUUUAAAAAUAGUACUCUUUAAACUUGUAAUUUUUGAUAAGUUAUUUGUCUUUAUUAUAUCUAUAAAUAUGUAAAGAGUAUUUAAAUAGAUGUACUUGUUUUACUUUCACAUUUAAUAAAAACAUUUUUUUAUACUUGA